UCAAUCAGCAAUCUGGCUUGUAUUGGAUUUUGGAGCUUGUCAAACAACACGUGCUAUUAUUUCAAGAACGUUGCUAAGGACAGUCUCCCGAUGCACCUGUCUGACGAGGCUAUGCCCUAUCCGAGACCGGAGUCGCUUUUAUCCGGCGAAAUCCGUCGGAAGCGGCGUGGUAAUCUCCCGAAAGAUUCUGUACGGAUCUUGCGAAAAUGGCUGUAUGAUAACCGUUACAAUGCCUAUCCAUCUGAGGAAGAGAAAGCCAAAUUAGCUCUGAAUGCUAAUCUCACUCAACUUCAAGUCUGCAACUGGUUCAUUAAUGCCCGUCGACGCAUCCUACCUGAUAUGAUCCGCAAGGAGGGCCAUGAUCCUCUUCAAUACACUAUGACACGCAAGAGUGGUGUCAAUGUUCCCAGGUCUGCACCUGCUUCCACUAUCAAGAGCAGGAAUUCGCAUAAUUACAGUCGGUCCAUGGACUUCAACAGCAGCCCGAUAUCGUUGACUGACGACAGCGUCACUGACGUAGAUGCUGACAGUGAGGACCCUGACAACGGUGCUGCUUCCACCUCGUCUCAGGGGACCUGUUCUCUGAAACUGAACAAAUACUGGCAGAGGACACAUCAGCAAAAACUGCUCAUCCAGUCUCCCGAAACUGAUCUUCAGUGUACUGUGAUGCAUAGUCUACCCUCUGUGAAUGGGAAGUCUUCGGAUCCAAGUUCUUUUGAUGACAGCUCAAAAGAGGACUCUUCGCCGUCUCUAAACUCUGAUAAUUCAACCCAAGAAAUAUGGACUUCCUCCAACAAGCCAGCUUCUUCAGUUGAUAAUCCGCUGACUUGCUUUUACAUUUUGGUUAAUGUUGCUUGCAAGGCUCGAGACCAAGAACUCCAAGCAAAAUCUCCCAGCGUCGAUCCAUGAGAAGUUAUUUUCUUCACAGCUCAUGUUUCAUUAAUUUAGUGCCGCCUUCUGUAAAGCAAUUUUCAGAAACUUUCACAUGUUGAUCAUCUACAGUUUACUCUUCCCAUUUUUUAAAGACUUUCUUUCUUCUCCCAUAUUGGAAGUUCCUAUUAGUCAUAUUGUAUCUAACUCAUUAUUUUAAGUUGGCCAAGUGUCUGGAGAGGUUGUUUUGAUAUAAAUACAUAUAUACUUAACUCAAUACACUUUCUUUUAUUAUUUUUUUUUUCUCCUUUUUAGGAAUAGCCCUAAUUUUAUAAUUUGAUCAUGGUACUUUUAUAAAUGGAGUGCGAGUGAUAAUACUUCUCGAGAACGAGCAUACUGAACUCUUCUGUAAGUGGAGAAUAUUUGAGGCCGAUUACACCUAAUUGCCUGAAAUUAGGUUUUUGGCCUUCCAUUGACUUUAUUGCAUAAAUUAAAUCUUGAGACAUCUUUCAUCAAGAUAAUUUGGAUUUCUUUAGAGAUGGAAAAUGAUUGAUUUUCGAACUCUUUUUGAAUUAAGACUAUUUUUACAUGCCAUGCACAUUUUAUUUUUCAUUUAAUGUUACAUCAGUUUAAAAAUGUUUUAAAGGAAAUUUGAUGAUUUAUUAUGUCAGUGGAGAGAAAUAUUCAGUAUCAUUUUGUGCCUUUUAUGAAUAGCUAGGGGUUAAUUUUAUUUUUGUCUUUUGGACUUAUAUUUUAAGUUUAUGGGUUUUCACCUGUAUUCAAUAUUUUCUGAAAAAAUUAAUUCUAUCCACGAUUUACUGCUUAAGGGGAACUUGAUGCCUUGUUUCUUCCCUAUUUUUGAUUUUCACUAAUAGUAGUUCAAUGAAAUUCAGAAAAGCAAUACUCUGCAUAUUGAAAAUGUGUGUUUUCAUAAUGAUGAAUAUCCAAAUUAAGAUGUCAUUUGAAAUAGAUGCAUCUGUGAGUAAUGAAGUUAGAGAUUUAAAAAAUUUGAUGUGCAAAAAAGUUUUUCUGUUGCGUAAUUGAGUGGAAAAGGUGUCAUAAUAUUAUGACCUAAAAUUUGCUUUUUAUAUUACAGUAAAAGACACUGCUUUUGAAAAGUGAAUUCUUGUGCAUAAAAAUGUUUAAUUUUUUUUAUCUAUUUGUUUGUUUAUAAGUAAUAUGGAACUUGGAAAUUCAGUUAAAACUUUAUUUUUAAGGUUUGAUGUUAUUAUGAUUGCAAAGAACAUCUGCAUCGCUCCAGAAAUGCUCUGUCUAAAUGUAUGUAUUAUAUAAUUAAUUUGCUAUUAUAUAGUUAAUUAAAUAAUUAAUUAAAUGUUUAUAUUAUAUAGUUAAUUUGCUAAUGUAAGGGCUUUCCCUUUUGCAAAUAAAAAAUAAAUUUACAUGAAAUGUUCGUGAAUAAAGAGACUAAACGAUAUAUUACUUCAAUAAUAAUAAUUAAACAAACCCAGUUAUUUUUCUAAAGUCUAAAAUCAAAAUGACUGUUUCCCCAGAAAAAUCCAUAGUUCUAUAUAUUACAUCAUCCCUGAAUAUUUCCUUCCAAUAAAAAAAAAUAUAAUUUUUUUGUCUCUUUUUAGGUAUACAUUGAUGCAUUUGUAGUUCAUCAUGCUUUCAUUUUGUUUAUUUUUACAUGAAAACCAAUGUUUUACAUAACAUGAAACAUUUUCUUUAUGAAUCCUGACACCAUAACUUUGGAUUUAAUGCCUUUUUUAUGGAUAUUUUUUAAAUCUUUUUUUUUCCCUCUAAGUGAAACUGGGAUACUUUUUAAUCAAUUGUUCUAUCAUAUAUUUGGUUAUUAAAUUAGAAUUCAUGUCUUGAAUUUCAACCAGCAUUGAUGCAAUUUAUGCUCAUAAUAAUGGGCAAACUACUUUGUCCAUCACUCCCUUAAAAUUUAAUAGAAAGAUAAUAUACACUUCAAAAUUGAAGUCGAACAAUCGCUGUUUUCAGACUUGGGGGGGGGGAGAUUUUCAUAUAUUUCCUACAUUUUUGUAUGAAUAUCAGCUGCAUUAUAUACCUUUAUUGUGUAGUACUUUUAUUGUAUUUUCAUUAUGUACGUCUAUUAAACUCGUAUGUUGAUAAAAAUUUACAUCACAUGAAAUAACUCUG